AUGCGUGCGAUGAACUCUGUUUUGAGAUUGUUGGCAAAAAUCAAAGAGUUGCGUGCACAAGACGCAUAUAAUCAUCAAGGUGAAGAGCAGCCUCCUCCUCUGAAGAAGAUGAAGAAGAGUAACAACAACGAGACAGUAGAGAAAACAGAACCCACGGAACAAACCCUAGUUCUCCAGUCCGGUUCUAGUGAGGAACGUGUCGAAACCCUAGAAUACAACAAUGUUUUGACAGAUGAGGAGCUUCAGAUCAUGUCUACUUGUGAUAGUCUUUGUGGUCCACACAACAACAACAUCAAUGAUGAUUCCUUGGAGAUUGAUUUUGAUCAACUCAUUGAUCUUGAUUUCGAUUUUGAUUUCGAAUCUCUUGAUUCUUCUGACAACAGCGAGACCUUGAAGAUGGCAGAAGAGCCUGUGGAUCAACCUCUCAUUCUCCAAGACAAGAACAACAACAACAACGCCUUUUCAACUGGAGAGAUGAGCUUAGAUUACUCUGAGAUUGAUAUCCAUCAAUUCAGUGAUUUUGACUUGGACACCACUUCAGUGUUCGUUGAUGAUUUGAUUUUGGAGUCUACUAACUCUGCGUUAUUGAACUGGGUACCUUUUGUUGAUGAUGGCUUUGUGGACACUAACAGUAUUCCAGAGCAGUUUCAAGAGACUACCCAUAGUAGUUCUGCAUUGAACUAUUAUGAUGAUGCAUCUGCUUUGAAUGAAGAAGACACCAUCUUCUCUGAUUAUCUCACUCAGCUUCUGCAGUUUUGA